UUCUAACAGUAUGAUAACUAAAUCGGCCUAUAUACUGCUUGUAAUAAUUAAAUUUAAAUUGUAUACAUACGUUUAUAUUCUUCAUUUUAAAACUGUUGCGAAAGAGAUAUAACGACAUAUUACUAAUUCUGAUUUAUAUAGCGGUUGGAAUUUUCGAAAUAAAAUUUAGUUAUUUGAAUUGCGUAGUCAUCUAUACUUCCGGGUAAAAGUUUAACAUGUCAGAUACAUUAUAUAAAACCACUGGGAUACUAUUUUCUACGGUGAUUUUAUUGUCCUUCAGGAAUGUUAAUACUUCAGCAUUUAUUGUGGAGAAUCACUCGCCAUCAUUAUUGAAACGAAGCUGGGUAUAUUCAGAUACAUAUAACUGCGAAAAAAUCUAUAGCUGCUUCAAUACGAGACAGUGUCGUCUGAGGUAUAACUCACCGAAUUAUUUCUGUGCAAAUAUUUAUCCCUGUGGGUCGUCAUGUGCACCACUGGACUAUCAUGGUCAUUUAAGGUCAUACGAACUCGCGACAGAAUAGAAAAGUAAACAAAUAAAUUGAAAAAUAUCAACAGGUAAAGCCUCAUGUUAAUAACAUUUGCCUAAGACUACGACAAAAUAAAGAUGCA